AUGUCAUCCAAAACCACCGACGGUGAGAUCUCACCUUUAUUGCUGCAUAUGGGACAAGAGGAACCAUCACGGCCUGUCCGCCUAUCGCCGAUAGUGAUACUCAGCAUAACACACCACGCCACAAAAAUGCAGGAGCCUACGUCAACCAACACAGCGACAUCCAUUUUUGGAAUUCUUCUUGGCAGAACAACAGACGAUGGCGAAACUGAAGUUGUGUUGUCCUUUCAGGCUGUCGGCCACGGGGCAGCCACCACCGCGGCGUGGGGCGUUGACUGGCAGGCAGUCAGGCAGAGGAGGGAGCGCCUCGCGGAGGUGUUCGCUGAGCUGGCCGUCGUGGGUUGCUACGGGGCGGGAAGGACGGAGGAGGACGUGGGGCGGUGCUGCGGCGUUAUGUGCGGGGCGCCCUGCGAAGUAUUCCAAGACACACCAAACGGGGUGGUGUUAGCGCUGCUGGUGGACUGUGCCCCGGCGGCGGCGCUCGCCGGCCUCCCGGUGCACCUUUUCGAGGCAGUCAUCCUGCGCGACGACGGCCCCCGCGCGGCUGAGACGGAGGACGACCAACGGGAGCGGGCGGCCGUUCCACGGCCCCGCGGCUUCAACUCCGGCGUCAAAGUAUCGCUCCGUGCCACAGGCCACAGUGGCCUAAUAGUUUGCUCCGUCACAAGCGGGCCGCGCCUGAUGGUGUGUUCAAGACGCAUACCGUUCUCUCUGGGGUCUGGCGUCGUGGCGCAAAUAGGUGUUGGCGCAGCCAUUAGCGCCACUGGCAGAAGCAGCCAGAGCGGUGCCCAAGGAACAACAGGAGCAGUGCCCUCGCGUCUGCGAUGUAUUGAGCGGUCGCUGCGGCGGCUGAGGCGGUGCGUUGUUUUGGCUGUGGAGUACCUGAGUGCAGUCGAGUCUGGGCGCGUUCUUCGUCCAGCCCCCGAUGUUCUGCGCGCCGCAGCGAGGGUGUGUUGGAUGCUAUCCGGCCACACGCCCGGGGCGUCCCGGUGUGCAGCGGCCGUU